AACACGAACAGGAAGACGAGAGGAGCUUCCUCUCUCAGAUCAACAGAAGGAGAUGCUCGACAGCGUCAACAUUCGCUGUACUUUUAUGUAGCGCUACAUUUCGAAGAAAAUUUGGAAGUUUUAUUUCGUUUACAAUCUGAAAAAGACAUUGUUUGGAGAGAUAUCUAUAUUUGGCAACUAACCAGACGCAAAAUGAACGGAGCAGCAUUUCCCUCCCCUACGGCUGAGAUGGCAGAGAUCAACCGUAUUCAGUAUGAGCUGGAGUACACCGAAGGAAUCAGCCAGAGGAUGCGCAUCCCAGAAAUGCUCAAAGUGGCUCCUCAAGCCCAUGAUGACCCCAAUGUUGGAUCACAGGAAGUCCCCCAUAGUGUCAUAAUGCAAGUCCCGGAGAGAAUUGUGGUUGCAGGAGAAAGCAAUGAUACCCAGUUCUCCAGACCCAGAGACUUGGACCUUAUCCAAUCAACACCACUAGAAGCCCUGUCACUCAAAACUCCACCCCGAGUCCUUACCCUUACUGAGCGGCCCCUGGACUUCCUGGAAGAGGAGCAACGGGCAGCACCAGACAGUGAGGAGAUGUUGCGAACCCAAGGACGUUCACGGCGGGAACGCUCAGCAAGUGAGAAUGCAGCUGUUCGUCAGUCAGCAACAAUCAACAAUCAGCUGAUGCGCAAUGAUCCUGCUGCGACCCCGUCCCCCCCAGCCCUUGUUCACCCAUGUCCCCCUCUCUCCGUGGCUGAAGAACACAACCUGUACAGCGCUAGUGGUGUUCUAUCUUUCAUCCAGUCCACUACACGUCGGGCCUACCAGCAGGUCCUGGAGGUCUUGGAUGAAAACCCUCGCAGCAAACCAUCACUGCGAGGGGGGUCGGCUUCGAGCUCCAACCCCCUGCAUGAUUCCAGGCUCGCUUUAUCAACAUAUGAAGCCUCUCUGGAUGGGACAACGGAUGACAUGACUGUGGUGGAUGCAACAACACUUAGACGUCAGCUCAUCAAGUUGAAUCGGAGACUGCAACAUUUGGAAGAAGAGAACAAGGAGCGAGCAAAACGAGAGUUGAUCCUGUACUCUGUCACUGUCGCUUUCUGGCUGGUCAACACCUGGGUGUGGUUGCGACGUUAGAGUUUGUCUGUAAUUCAGCCAUCAGCAUGACAUAAGAACGUAUUAUCCCUUAUUCUAUGUGUCAAAUGUUUAGCUACUCGCUGCACUCAGCCCCUUUGUCAGGAGACCCUGGCAUCUGCAAGACCUGUUGCACACAGGACGGAUAUUUUGAUUUUGUUUAUUUAAUACAUGUACAGUUUUAUUUUUUUACUCUUAUUUCACCCUAUUCCAUUUUCUCAUGUUUUGUUUUAAUUUCAAAUCUUGCCCACUGCUGUGUAUGACAUGUUGUAAAUAUUUGUUCAUGCCACUCAGGAGCUUUGGAAGGAACUCAUCCAGAGAUACAGUAUAGAGUAGUUUACCAGAAUAGGAAGUAGAGCUGCGGCGUGGAGACAUGCAACUCUGCGAUGGUAACACGUUGUAUAUUUAUUGCAGAGAGAGUGAUUAUGUGAGUUGGACUUGGAAAUCUAAUACAGUUAAGUAAAACCAUA